CCUGGUUGUUUUUCAAAACCAUUUUAUUUUUUAAGUAACGGUAGCUGCAAUGGAUUUCAUUAGUAGCGGAGCAGUUCAAUCACUUCUGUAUGGAGGAGAAUUAAUGGAAGCACUUGAACCUUUUGUGAAAAGUGUUUCUUCUCUUCCUUCUACCUCUUACCAUUAUUUCUCUUCUUCCCAAAUACAGCCCACCUUCUACGCAGAUGGCUGUUGUUACCCCACGCCGAUGGACUCGUUUUCAGGUCUCCAACACUACCAACAGCCUCAAACUGGGUCAACAAUUGGGUUAAAUAGCUUGUCACAAGCUCAGAUCCAUCAGAUCCAGGUCCAAUUGCACCUCCAGAACAACCAACAAAGCUACCCUCACCAGAUCCCCCGACCCAGCAAAAACAGUAACCAUAUGGUUAGCUUUCUUAGCCCCAAACCUGUUCCAAUGAAACAUGUUGGUACGCCACCAAAGCCAAAGCUUUACAGAGGUGUUAGGCAACGUCACUGGGGAAAAUGGGUUGCUGAGAUCCGGUUACCUAGGAACCGGACACGUCUCUGGUUAGGCACUUUUGACACUGCCGAGGAAGCAGCCUUGGCCUAUGACAAAGCUGCCUAUAAGCUAAGAGGUGACUUUGCCAGACUCAACUUCCCUGACAUUCGCCACCAUGGUUCCGACGUCGGGGGUGAUUUUGGUGAAUAUAAGCCUUUACCUUCCUCUGUUGAUGCUAAGCUGCAAGCCAUUUGUGAAAGCUUGGAACAAAAUCCAAAGCAAGGAAACAGGAAGAAAUCGUUGAAGCCGACGGCUGAGAACGAAAGCAAGAAGAACGAAGUCGACAUGGCAGAACCUGAGACCGAGGAUAAGACAGUGAAGGUUAAAUCCGAGAGUGAGGGUUGGGCAGUGUCUUCGCCUUUAUCAGAUCUUACAUUCUCGGAUUUCGACCAACAGCCAUGGCCUGAAGUUGUUUGUUCGUCGGAAACCUUCAUGUUGUCCAAAUACCCUUCGUAUGAGAUUGAUUGGGAUUCCAUUCUAAAAGCGUAAAACCAUGUUCCAUUUUCUGUAUUAAUCUUUUGUUGUUUGGAGUUCAUUUUCAUUUUCUUGUAAAAGCCAACUGCAAUGGAGUUUUUGGAGUUUUGCAGUGGCAUGUAUUUUUAGGUCGUUUUGUGAGUCUGUCUAUGGGUAGGGUUCUUAGUAUCCAAGUGUAAACUUUGUAAGAAUUUGAGAUUUUCUCUCACUGUAUAAACCGAAUGUUAAUUGCUUUUGUAUUUGAA